GGGUGGUCGCACUCGAGCCCGAGCCGGAGCGCCCGCCGGAGGAGCAGCUGGAGCGAGCGCGGUUUCGGGCCGCUCGCCGUCAUGGCCGAGACCAAGAUCAUCUACCACAUGGACGAGGAGGAGACUCCGUACCUGGUGAAGCUGCAGCUGCCUGCCGACAGGGUCACACUGGCUGACUUCAAGCUGGUGCUCAACAAGCCCAACUACAAAUUCUUCUUCAAAUCCAUGGACCAGGACUUCGGUGUUGUAAAGGAAGAGAUCUCUGAUGACAAUGCAAAGUUGCCCUGUUUCAAUGGCAGAGUGGUGUCCUGGCUGGUGUCUGCUGAAGGGUCACAGCCAGAACCUGUUCCACACCCAGUUGCCAGUGUGCCCGAAGUGCCCCCUCCCAUCGAGCGGACAGGCGGAAUCGGAGAUUCAAGGCCUCCAUCUUUCCAUGCGAAUGUCACUGGGAGUCGGGAAAAUCUGGACAAUGAGACGGAGACGGAGUCUGUGGUCCUGUCGCGGAGAGAGAAACCCCGGCGCAGAGAGAGUAUGGAACAUGGUCCCAGAGUUAAUGGACACCCCAAGAUGGAGCGGCAUCUUGCAGGCUAUGAGAGUUCAUCCACACUCCUGAGCAGUGAGCUAGAAACGACCAGUUUCUGUGAUUCUGAUGAAGAUGAUGCAGCCAGCAGGUUCAGCAGCUCCACAGAGCAAAGCAAUGCAUCCCGCAUCCUGAAACGUCAUCGGCGCAGGCGGAAGCAGCGACCAGCACGUCUUGAGCGUGCAUCCUCGUUCAGCAGCGUCACUGACUCAACAAUGUCCCUGAACAUCAUCACAGUCACACUAAACAUGGAGAAGUACAACUUCUUGGGCAUCAGUAUUGUCGGUCAGAGCAACGAGCGAGGCGACGGAGGGAUUUACAUUGGCUCAAUAAUGAAAGGAGGAGCAGUGGCAGCGGAUGGGAGGAUUGAACCCGGGGACAUGCUGUUACAGGUAAAUGACAUCAAUUUCGAAAACAUGAGCAACGAUGAUGCCGUGAGGGUUCUGAGGGAAAUUGUGCACAAACCUGGGCCAAUCAUUUUAACUGUUGCCAAGUGCUGGGACCCAUCGCCUCAGGGUUAUUUUACGUUGCCCAGAAAUGAGCCAAUCAGACCCAUCGAUCCUGCAGCCUGGGUUUCACAUUCUGUGGCCAUGACCGGAGCAUAUCCAGCCUACGGUGCCAGCUCAUCCAUGAGUACCAUAACUUCCAGCAGUUCAAUAACUGAAACUGAACGGUUUGAUGACUUCAAUCUGUCAAUCCACACGGAUAUGAUGUCUGUUGCCAAGGCCAUGGCUUCGCCAGAGUCUGGCCUUGAGGUUCGAGACAGGAUGUGGUUGAAAAUUACAAUCCCCAAUGCCUUUUUAGGCUCUGAUGUCGUUGAUUGGCUUUACCACCACAUUGAGGGCUUCCAGGACCGCAGGGAAGCCAGGAAGUAUGCCAGCAACCUACUGAAGGCUGGUUUCAUCCGCCACACAGUGAACAAAAUAACCUUCUCAGAACAGUGUUACUACAUCUUUGGUGACUUCAGUGGCUGUGAGAAUUACCUGGCCAACCUCUCGCUGAACGACAACGACGGAUCGAGUGGUGCCUCUGACCAGGACACGCUGGCACCACUCCCACACCCAGGCAGCUCCGCCUGGCCGAUAAUGCAUUCCUUCCAGUACCCCUACCCUCCACCGCACCCCUACUCCACACAGCCCCCCAGCUACCAUGAGCUUACCACCUACAGCUACGCAGGGGGUGGCAGUGCAGGCAGCCAGCACAGUGAAGGGAGCCGCAGUAGCGGGUCAAACCGCAGCGAGAGCGAGCGACGGGCCGCCAAGGACAAGGAUGGCAAGGCGGUGGAUUCCAAGUCGGGCAGUGGCAGUGAAUCAGAGUAUUCGGUGAGAAGCAGUGCGAGGCGGGAGCCUGCAGCCAGUGAGCACAGCCACCGCAGCCACCACCACUCGGUGGUGGGCAGUGUCCGCUCCCACCACUCCGUGCACGCCUUCCCGCCGCCUGGCGUACCCCUCCAAUACAACCCGUUGAUGGUGAUGAUGGUGCCCCAGCCCCCCUCUGCCACCGUACCCCCAGGGGCUCCUCCUGUCCGGGACCUGGGCUCUGUACCACCGGAGCUGACUGCCAGCCGCCAGUCCUUCCACAUGGCCAUGGGCAAUCCCAGCGAGUUCUUUGUGGACGUUAUGUGACCCAGAUCGGAAUGCCGGAAAUCACUCCGGUGGAAAUCCCGAAGACCAGGCCUCAGCGUUCCUCACGAGUCCUGGACUUCAGCUCCAUGAUCAGCGCUGGAGCAGAGACCCAGACAAGUAUUUUAACACAAACUGCGUCUUAGUAUAAUUUAAUUGAAGUACGAUUAACAAGUGCAAUUCUAGCCUUUUUUAUCCAUUUUUUGUAUUAUAAACCGAGACCUAGUAUUAUCCUCCUACCUGUAGAGUUUGUAUCAUAAACUCAAACCUCACCUGCAAAAUAAAAAUGGAAUGUACAGUAGCUGCCCACUAAGCUCCCCAUAGGAGUUUCACAUCACCACCCGCACAGUGUUCCAAGAGGACAAAGAUUCUCACUAGCCUCCCAUGCCUUACAGUGUCACUUAGAGGAAUGUGAAAGGUCUGGCAAUUUUUUUAAUAAUUCUUCUUAGAAAACAAGUAAUUCAAUUAUGUUUUUGGAAUUUUUUGGAAGAAAGCAAUAAUCAAUUUGUUCAAGUUUGCAUUGAUUUUUGUUUCUUUAAAGAAAAAUAAAAAGAAACUUAGUCUUACAUCUUUAUAGCAAACUCAA